AUGACUGAGAGAGAUGUUGGCCCUAACCUAUAUACCUCAAACUACUGUGAGGAGAACGUUUACAGGCUAAUAGCCCAACGUUUAGACUGUUUAAGCCAUGUGGACUCUGACAACAGCAGAGAGUUUGUGACUAAUUUAUCUGAAGAUGUUGACAAGUUCACAGUUAUCUUUAUAUCAAAUGCUAAUCGACAAAUUCCAUUAUUUUGUCAAAAAAGCAGAAGUAGUUCUUAUGUUAUAUGGGACUAUCAUGUGAUUCUAAUGGAGGAUACUGGUCAAGAGUUCAUAAUUUGGGAUUACGAUUCGACGUUGCCGUUUCCUUGCGAGUUUUCGAAGUACUUCGAAAAGUCUUUGAAUGAUAACAAUCAAUAUAAUAUUCCGGAUCCACUAAAAAGAAUGUUCCGUUUUAUACCAGCCAAACACUAUUUGAGAUUGUUUAACAAUGAUCGAUCUCAUAUGAAGUUAGAGAAUGGUGAUUGGAGUUCACCUCCACCUCAAUGGACGGCUAUCUUCAAGACAGAUUCCAAAAGUAACAUACAUGAUUUCAUUUCAAUGGAUAGAACUCAAUUGUCUGACGUGUCAUUCAUAAUGAAAGAAGACGAUGACUUAUCCAGAGGAGUACUUCAACGCGAACUGUCAGUUAUUCAGUAA